AUGGCUUCUCUGCAAUACGUCAACUCUAAAGCUGAAAUCCUAACUCCGUGAGCGAACAAAAGCUGCUUCACUAUAAUUGAAUCCUUAGCUGAUUCUAUUAAUUUUUAAACGAAUUGCAUUUUAAGACAUAAAUUUUACAAAUUUUUUGGUAAUAGAAUUAAACUUCGAAUAAGCGAUUUAACUAUAUAAUUUUUUUAAAUACUAUAAUAAUUCUUUUGUGAAUAAGGAAAAAUAUAUUUUUUUGCUCAAAGAGGGGGACUAAGGAAAGCUCAAGCCCUUAACCUCAAUAUCUCAGCCUCCAAAGGCCUUCAAGAAGUUCUCAGAAGUAAUCUUGGACCAAAAGGCACAAUAAAAAUGCUUGUCGGUGGAGCAGGACAAAUCAAGCUUACCAAAGAUGGUAAUGUUUUGCUAAAGGAAAUGCAAAUUCAGCACCCAACUGCAGCCAUGAUUGCAAGAGCUGCGACCGCACAAGACGAAAUUGUUGGGGAUGGGACAACUUCGAAUGUGCUUUUUAUUGGAGAACUGAUGAGACAGGCUGAAAGAUUCAUCGGGGAAGGAGUUCACCCAAGAGUCAUCGUCGAUGGUUUCGAUCAGGCCAGAACUUUUGCUUUGCAAUGCCUGGAUGAGAUCAAAGAAGAGGUCGAAAUUGACAGAGAGCUAUUAAUCAGUGCUGCAAGGACCAGCUUAAAUACAAAACUCCACCCAGUUUUGGCAGCUCAGCUGACAGAAAUCGUUACUGAUGCAGUUCUUGCAAUUAGAAGGGACAACAAAAUUGACCUGCAUAUGAUUGAGAUUAUGCAUAUGCCUCAUAAAAUGGCCACUGAAACUAAGCUGAUCAGAGGGUUAUAUCUCUAGAGUAUAAGUUGUUUAUUAUAUUUUAAUUCCAUUAAUUAUUAAUCACUGUUUGCAUAUUUAUUCUUAAAGUAUAUAGUAUUAGACCACGGAGCAAGACACCCUGAUAUGCCUACCAGGCUUAAAAACUGCUAUAUUUUAUGCUGCAACAUCAACUUAGAGUACGAAAAAACUGAAGUAAACUCUCAGUUCUUCUACAGCAAUGCCGAGCAAAGAGAAAAACUCCAAGCCUCUGAAAGAGUUCUAAUCGACGAAAAAGUCGAAAAAAUUUUGGACCUAAAAAGAAGACUCUGCCAUGAAAAUGACAAAAACUUCGUCGUCAUCAACCAAAAAGGAAUAGACCCAGUCUCCUUAGACAUGUUUGCUAAAGAGGGCGUUAUUGCUUUGAGAAGAGCCAAAAGAAGAAACAUGGAAAGAAUUCCAUUAGCCUGUGGAGGAAACGCUAUAAACGCAGUAGAAGAUUUAAACGAAGCUGACUUAGGAUGGGCUGGAUUAGUUUAUGAGCAUCAAAUAGGUGACGAAAAAUACACAUUUUUGGACGAGGUGCCAAAUACCUUUUCUUGCACUGUGCUGAUCAAAGGACAGAAUGAACAUACUAUUAACCAAAUUAAAGACGCUGUCAGAGAUGGCUUGAGAGCUGUUGCCAACACUAUCCAGGAUAAAUGCAUUGUUCCAGGCGCUGGAGCCUUUGAAAUCGCUACUUCAGUCAAACUUAAAGCUCACUUAAAGAACAUUGAAGGCAAGUCUAGACUUGGUGCUGAAGCUUUUGCGGAAGCUUUACUUAUUAUCCCUCGAGUCCUUGCAGAAAACUCUGGCCUUGACAGCCAAGAAACUCUUCUUAAACUUGUGUCAGAAUACGAGCGAAAUGGAACCAUAGUAGGCUUAGAUGUCACCACCGGCAACCCAAUCAGUCCUAAAGCUGAAGGAAUUAUUGAUAACUACUGUGUAAAGCGCCAUUUCUUACAACUAGCCCCAGUACUUGCCCAACAACUGCUUUUAGUUGAUGAAGUCAUGAGAGCCGGCAAACAGAUGGGAGGAGGCCAAUAA